UUCCACCUAAUAUUCACGGACCCGGAUUUCGCAAGAGCAGGAUCGGAAAACCAGAAAUUGCAAGGGCCCACCAGUCCAGAUCAUGCCAGGACCUGGGCCCCACAUGAUCUACGCCCUUGGAUCGGGUCUGGGCCUCAUGCACGCUUCCCGCGCACGUUUCAGCCCCCACCACUGCCUAUUCUACGCAGCCAACGCCUUCCUCGGCCCCGACCUCGGCUCUUUUGCCGAGUGGCUGUCCUCCACCCUCUCCAUAGGAGGUGGUUCCAUCCUGAUGCACGUCAUCCACGAUCCCUUUUACUAUAUCCUCGUCCUCGGCCUUCCCUUUUCUCUCUUCUACAGCUGGCUUUCCAAGCUCCUCCUCCACAAGGGUUUUCUUGAUACCUUGUCUGGGGUGCCGCUUACUAGAAGGCAAUGCUUACUAUUGGUGUCUGCAGGUUCAUUGUCACACUUUUUCUUAGACCACUUGUUUGAGGAAAAUGGCCAUUCUUCGAUGUAUACUUGGAUAUUGAGCACAGGUUGGUGGAAAAGCCGAGCCCCUAUUGACCCUGAUGCUGUUGUCGUGGUUGGAUUCUUAUGCAGUUGUUUGAUUGGGGGUUUCAUUUACAUUAACAGUUCUCAUUGUAUUGUACUGCAGACUGAAGCCUGCAAAAAAGCUCAUCACGGUGCAAACAAGCUGGUCCAUGUUACUGGUUCUGGUCAUAACAAGCUUAUACUGCCUGUGGUGCGUCAGUCAGAUAUACUGGAGAAAUCCAGCUCAUGCAGCAAUAGGUGAAGAGGCAGAUCUCGGAGUUCUCGUCUUUCUUGCUAUUUAUUUCUUUCUUCCCCACUGCUUGUGCAUCACAUCUAUGAACCCAAAAGACUACCUCGAUGCAACAGCGCAGCUACCGAUGUAAUGUUUCUUUCGCAAUGUAGGUAUUUGUUUUAUCUAUUUUUGCUUCAUGUUGGAAAAAAGUGUCACCAUGCUUAUAGGGAUAUCAUUUCUGACGAGGUGGGCCACACCACGUGGGCCACAAAGAUUUUCAGGUACCCACUUACUGGGUUGAUAUGAUUGUACAUUGUGAUUGUGAAUGUUGAAAUGUGAGAUCAAUGCUCAUAAAACAUGUCUGGAUUUGGCUUUUGAUUUUGUGCAA